UCACAAUCGUCACAACUCACCAUGUCCAAGAAGCACCACUACUCAUACAAUCACAUCCACACGCUCCUUGCCGGCGCCGUUGCGUCGUUGAAGAGCGUGCCCGACGUCCUGGUCCCAAUCAGCGGAGGCGGUCUCAUCCCCGCGAGAAUUCUGCGCACACUGCUGAAAGCCAAGUUCGGCAAGACCGUGCCGAUUAAAGUGAUUGGCCUCCAGCUUUAUGAUGACGAUACCGAAACGAUCCUCGAAAGUGGAGUGAAGAGGACCCAGUGGCCGCGGGAGCACGAUUGGGACCCGGAGCUCAAGAGCGUUUUGCUGGUGGAUGAGGUUGACGACACGCGGACCACCCUUCAAUACGCAGUAGAGAGCUUGCGCAAAGACUUUGGGCCAGAGGUCAAAAUCAACGUCUUUGUGGUACACGAUAAACAAAAGGAAAAACGAGGAACAUUACCGGCAGACGUGGAGUACAUCGCGGCCCUAAAGGUGGAGGACGUUUGGAUUGCCUACCCGUGGGAUGCUAUCGAUAUUGACGAGCAUCAGAAGAUUGCUGACGAACAAAGAGUGAUCGACGCCGCACUAGUUGCCUCGCCUUGGUAGAAUAGCUAGCUUCAUUUAGCCAUACCUUAGCCAUACCUGGAGCUUUGAUCUAGUACUAUACACAGCACCUGAGGCAGCUGCACCUUCCCCAUGUAAGAGGCAGUUCUUGGCUUUUGCCAACACAAUCGCUUCAUCGAGCUUCAAAAGUCGAACGCUCGCCUGAGGCCAUAGCCGUCAAUUUACGUCAGCAGCUCCGAACUGUCAUUUUGCCCCCCGCUCCUAUACCCGAUUUGCUUCGUCCGGUAGGGAUCUUAACUUUAGCUUAUUCCUGCGCGACGUCCCGUACGUUCGUCGCCGAAUACGCUCCUCACUUCUGUGCUUGGCCUUAUUUUGACACCCGGCUUCUUAAUCCCUUAAAGACUUCAUUUCGCGUGG